AGGAAAUGUUUCCAUGUUGACGACGUUCCCGUCUUUAUUAGUAAAAGUUCACAGCGUAAACAGACUACGGCUAAAUUGUAUGUUACUGUUUUGUAACGUAUGUUGGUAAUGUAAGGAAGUAACGCAGUCGACAACCAAGUCCAGGUGAAAUACUGUCUGUAGCGCCGUCCCAUUUCCGCUAACGUCGGGCUGGGAGAGGUUCGCUUGGGUUCCCUGACUAGGACCGUCCUGAAGGCGAAGCCGCGUUAGCUAGGAGCUAGCCAGCUAGCAUCACCGGAGCAAGCCAUGGCAGUUGUCAACGAAGGAGCGCUGAAGAAAAUGCUGUCUAAGCAAUACAAGUACAGAGAUCUGACCGUCCGGGAAAUCAUAAACGUCAUCUCUCACUACAAAGAUCUGAAGCCCGUGAUGGAUGCUUACGUGUUUAAUGAUGGGUCAAGCAGAGACUUGAUGAGUCUAACAGGAACUGUCCCAGUCAGCUACAAAGGAAAUGUCUACAACAUCCCCGUUUGUUUGUGGCUUCUGGACACCUACCCGUUCAACCCACCCAUCUGUUUUGUGAAGCCCACCAGUACCAUGAUGAUCAGAACAGGGAAACACAUAGAUGCCAAUGGAAAGAUUUACCUCCCCUAUCUACAUGAGUGGAAGCAUCCUCAGUCGGAUUUGUACAGCCUAAUCCAGGUGAUGAUAGUGGUCUUUGGAGAGGAGCCUCCGGUGUUUUCCCGGCCCACCACUCAAGCACCCUACCAGGCUUUCCAGGCUGCCGGCCCUCCAAACUCUUCCUACAUGCCCGGAAUGCCUACAGUGUCACCCUACGGAUCCGGAAUUGCUGCCAAUACCAGUGGAUACCCAGGGUAUCCGUACCCCAGCGGAAACUCGUACCCUGGUGCUGCUGGUCCAGGCCACUAUGGACCCCAGCCCCCUGUCACCACUGUCGGCCCAAGCCGUGACGGCACUAUUGGAGAGGAUACCAUCCGUGCUUCCCUCAUCUCAGCGGUGAGCGACAAGCUUCGCUGGAGGAUGAAGGAGGAGAUGGACCGGGCCCAGGCAGAGCUGGAUGCCCUUAAGAGGACAGAGGAAGACCUGAAGAAAGGCCACCAGAAGCUUGAGGACAUGGUGUCUCGUUUGGACCAGGAAGUGACGGACGUGGACAGGAACAUCGAGCUCCUGAAGCGUAAGGAUGAGGAGCUGACCAGCGCCCUGGAGAAGAUGGAGAGCCAGUCUGAGAACAAUGACAUUGACGACGUCAUCGUGCCCACGGCGCCCCUCUACAAACAGAUCCUUAACUUGUACGCCGAGGAGAAUGCAAUCGAGGACACCAUCUUCUACCUGGGGGAGGCACUGCGGCGCGGGGUCAUCGACCUUGAGGUUUUUCUCAAGCACGUGCGUCUCCUGUCCCGCAAACAGUUCCAGCUGCGAGCUCUGAUGCAGAAGGCUCGCAAGACGGCCGGCCUCAGCGACCUCUACUGACCUCGGUGAUCUCAGCAUCACUGGGCACUUGACCCUUUUUCAGCCCUUUUUCAGACCGGGUACUCUCUCUUCACAUAGUGGCACUUGUUCCCCACAGCUUUUGAACUCAAAUAUGCUGGGCCACAGCAAACAGAGUGCAUGUUUGUGCACAAAAAAGAUAAUGGAUUCUCAACAGGAUGAAAACGGGAAACGUAUCACUUGGGGGGCGAUUAAUAGAAAAAUGCUUGGUUAAAUGAGGGGUGGAGUAUUUUAACCUUUUCUUUAUAAUUAAACAUCAAAUGUAUACGUUUAUUUUUGUUUGUAUUAAGCAUUAGUAACACAUCCUGUACUGCACUAUCUAAACAGUUCUGUCCCAGCUAAACAAGGACAAAGGCUUCAAAACAAGAACAUUAUAUACACUACAGAGUUGAGUGGAAGGAGGGUCUUUAAAAAAGGUGGGGUGGAGUGGGGAAUGGCGUGAGGUCACCACUGGUUCACAAACUUUUCCCAACAUGAAGGGACAGAUUGCAUGGGAAUGGAGUUUUGACCUACCUGAUGUUCAUUCAUGCGUGAGGUCUUGCUCUGUAGAUAUUCUUGCUGGUGUACUUACUGAUCCUCAAAAAAAACAGGAAACAGUACAGACUUUUCAGGUGGGGAAUUGUGUGUCUAUUUACUGUUUUAAAGUCUGUUCUCCCAGCUGUACUUGGAAAUGUUAGAAGUUGACUUGGUUACUAUAGAUUUGUUCAGUCUCCUUUGCAGUCUUCACUGGAAGUCGGUGUACUGGAAAUCGUCUUUAUCCAUAUUACAACGGAAUGAUGGAGGUACAUAUCUAUAGCAUUCAUGGAUGGUUUUUUUUUUAAUCUGAAAUCUUACCAUGCUUAAUAGCUGGUUUUCCUGCCUUUCUGCGUAGUAAAUUUCUAAAUAUAUAGAGUUAUCAAAGUAAUGUUAUUUGGGAAUCAGUAAUUUUAUGGAAAGACUUCAGUGAAUUCCUGGUGAAGAUUGACAAUAUUUUUCACUAAAAUCUAGUUUUGUUAAAUGCACUUUGAAGGAAAUUGUACAAUAUUUCAUCUGGAGGAAUAAACUUUACUUUUUUUUUCAUCUAAA